UCCAAUCAUCAGACCACAAAAAAUUUUCUCCAUCUCUUUCUAAUAUUUUCCUUCAUUUUAUUUUUCAGUUUCUAAUUUUUAUUUUUAAAAAAAAAAUGCCAGAGGCCCCUUCUACCUUAUCAGAUGAUGGAAAUUUUGAUGAAAACAAUAAAAAACUACUUGAAUUCUUCGAAGACAUUACUAGUAAUGCUGAUGAUGUUCAAAAAAAAGUUCUUAAUGAAAUACUUUCUCGUAAUGCUGGUGUUGAAUACUUAGUAAGGCAUGGCCUUAAUGGCAAUACUGACUAUGAUAAUUUCAAAAAAAUCAUGCCUGUUGUUUCCUAUGAGGAUAUUAAGCCAGAUAUUGAUCGUAUCGCGGAUGGUGAUCGUUCAUCCAUCUUUUGUUCUCAACCAAUUUCCGAGUUCUUGACAAGUUCUGGCACGUCUGGAGGAGAGAGGAAAUUGAUGCCAACAGUUGAAGAAGAGCUAGGAAGAAGGUCAUUACUGUACAGCCUUUUAAUGCCAGUAAUGGAUCGAUUUAUACCAGAUUUACAGAAGGGAAAAGGAAUGUACUUUUUGUUCAUAAAAUCAGAAGCAAAAACUCCUGGUGGAUUAUUAGCUCGUCCAGUUUUAACAAGUUACUAUAAAAGUUCAUAUUUCAAAAAAAGGCCAUAUGAUCCGUACACAAAUUAUACAAGCCCAAAUGAAACAAUUCUUUGUCUUGAUUCAUACCAAAGUAUGUACUCCCAAAUGCUUUGUGGUCUUUGUCAAAACACUGAAGUUCUUCGUGUUGGGGCUGUUUUUGCUUCUGGUUUUAUUCGUGCUAUUCGUUUCCUCGAAAAGCACUGGCCUAUACUAUGUCAUGAUAUUAGAACUGGUACGCUAAGUUCGCAAAUAACAGACCCUUUGGUACGUGAAUCAGUGAUGAAAGUACUCAAACCGAAUCCCAAGCUUGCUGAAUUUAUUGAAAUUGAAUGUAGCGCAGAGUCAUGGAAAGGGAUUAUCCCAAGAUUAUGGCCUAAUACGAAAUAUGUCGAUGUAAUUGUGACAGGGACUAUGUCACAAUAUAUACCGACGCUAAAUUAUUAUGGCAAUGAUCUACCACUUGUGUGUACCAUGUAUGCUUCAUCUGAAUGCUACUUUGGUAUAAAUCUUAAUCCUCUUUGUAAACCUUGUGAAGUUGCUUAUACUCUCAUACCUACCAUGGGCUUUUUCGAGUUCUUGCCUGUUGCUCGUGAAGAUGAAGGGCCAGAAAAAUCCAAACCAUACGACAAAAAUGAUUUGGUAGAUCUUGUUGAUGUCAAACUUGGACAUGAGUAUGAGCUCGUGGUCACCACUUAUGCAGGACUUUAUCGUUAUCGUGUUGGUGACAUACUUAAAGUUGCUGGAUUCAAAAACAAAGCGCCCCAAUUUCAUUUCGUGUGCAGAAAGAAUGUUGCAUUAAGCAUUGACUCAGACAAAACGGAUGAAGUUGAGCUACACGAUGCUGUUUUAAAAGCAUCGACACAUCUUUUACCAUUCGAAGCCUCUCUGACAGAAUACACAAGUUAUGCAGACACAUCAACAAGUCCAGGACACUACGUUUUGUACUGGGAAAUUAGUUACAAAAACUCCGAUGAAACACUAAUCCCAACAUCAGUGUUUGAAGAUUGUUGUUUAACGAUCGAAGAAUCAUUAAACAGUGUCUAUCGACAGUGUCGUGUUUCGGAUAAAUCGAUUAGUCCCUUGGAAAUAAAGGUAGUUGAGAAUGGCACAUUUGAUAAGCUUAUGGAUUAUGCUAUUUGCAAUGGUGCUUCGAUUAAUCAGUACAAAGCGCCGCGGUGCGUGAAGUAUGCUCCAAUUAUUGAGUUAUUGAACUCGAGAGUUGUUUCGAGUUAUUUUAGCCCUAAAUAUCCUAAAUGGGUUCCGGGUCACAAGCAAUGGUCCUCAAGCUAAGAAAAAUCACCAUGUACGAGAAUUUCCAGCGGUUGACUGGUUAGAGCGCCCAAUUCAUAAUUGGUGACUUCAUAGGUUCGAUUCCUACUUAAAUGCAUGGCAAUUGGGACCUCCAAUAAUGUACAGGAUUAAACUUAAGUAGAAGUUAGAUUAGGGAAUUUAAUUUCUACUGUAUUAUUCCAUUUCACUACUGUUUCUUUCUUUAUUUCUGUGUAUGUGUGUGUGUUUUCAUGUACAGAAUGUAAGUUGUCUUUUAUAUCUUCCAUUUACUUGGUAGCACUAAAUUCCAACAAUAAGCAACAUGGGGAUUGGAUUUACUGAAAUUCCCAUACAAUUACAACAAUUGAUUUGAUAA